UCGCAAGUCACAACAAUGGCUGACACUUGAGAAUACAGAGAAAGAAGAAGGUAAAGGCAGACAAACAUGGCAGAAACAAACCCAAGGCGACUAAAAGGUCACAAGGCCACUGCCACGUGCUGCAUCGCCUCACGUGAGAGGCCUGGCCUUGUCCUCACUACCGGCGAGGAUGGUCGUGUGUGCUGGUUUGAUAUGCGGUGCAAAGAUGUGGUGAACACCAUGGAAGUGGGGAGCGAAGCAAUCUCAUCCAUCUGUUUUAGCUCAGGAAAUGAAAACAUCAUUUAUGUUUCCUCGGGAAGGGAAGUCAAGAGCUUUGAUGUUCAUCUGGCCUCCUCAUGGACGCCGUUGGAGAGUUAUGAAUACAAUAAGGACGAGAUAAAUCAGAUUGCUUGCAACUUCAAGUCUUCUUUUCUUGCAGCUGCAGAUGACAGUGGUGAUGUCAAGAUCAUAGACAUUAGUCAGAAAUGUCUCUAUAAAACAUUGAGGGCUGGCCAUACAAGUAUCUGUAGCAGUGUGCAAUUUCUUCCAUGGAGACCCUGGGAAGUUAUUAGUGGAGGUCUUGAUUCUAAACUUGUGAUGUGGGACUUUUCCAAAGGGCGGCCCUACAAAAUUGUGGAUUUUAGUCUACAUGAUGGAAGCAAUGGUGGUAGUGGAGGCCAAUGCUUCAAUCCUGCUUUUAUUCAUGCUAUAGCAGUACCAGAUAUUGAUAUGUUAAACAAAACCGAAAAGAUUUGUGUUGUUGCAAGGGGUGAUGGAGCUGUAGAUGUCAUUAACAUUGAAACAGAACUUGCUGUUAUCAAGUCAAAAUCUUCCAAAACAUCCCAAAAAGGAUCUCAAUCUAGAUCUACAAACAGAAGCUUGAAAAAUGUAGAGAACACAGAACAAAAUGGAAGACCACGGCUGCAUUUGGAUUACUCCCUGGGAGGUCAUACUUCUGCAGUGUCUUGUGUGUCAUUUUCUCUAUUUGGUGAGAAAGGAAAAUUCCUUAUUUCAGGUGGAAAUGAUAAGUCAAUUAAAGUUUGGGACUGGUCUAGAUAUUUUGAUGCAGAGCAAACUAGUAGUGGCAGUGAUAUUUUACAGUCCACCAUCAGCCUAAGCAAAAAAGUAAAUUGGCUCUGCACCACUCCAACUGAAUCAGAAAACCUCAUCGUAUGUGACACAUCCAAAGUGGUAAAGGUCUAUUCUGUUUCCUUGAGCCCUGAAAUCAAAAUGAUGCAAUCUGGGAUUCCUGUGUGUAACACUUGUGGUGGACAGGUUGGGUUUGACGCCAAUGGUGAAGUGUUUGUGGCUUGUCAUGAGUGUAAUUUCCCCUUGUGCAAGGAUUGUCUCAGUUAUGAGAUCAAAGAGGGCCGCAAAGCCUGCUUGCGAUGUGCCACUCCCUAUGCUGAGGAUUCACCAGCUGAUGAAGAAACACAAGUGUCUGGAAACCGACCCACCAUGGCAUCUCACCAAGAAGAACCAAAGGAUGUUGGACUUCAUGCAAGACAUAUCAGCAGUGUGUCCACAGUGGAUAGUGAGAUGAAUGACGAAUUCGGAAACCCAAUUUGGAAGAACAGAGUAGAAAGCUGGAAGGAUAAGAAGAGCAAGAAGAAAAAGAGUGCAACUAAGGCUGAAAAAGAGGAGAUUCAAGUUCCACCUGAGCAGCAGAUGGAAGAACAGCAGCAACUGCCUCCAGAUGCUCCUCAAGCGCUGUCAACUAUCGUUCCAGUCGAAUCUAGUAAACUUACACCUUACAGGGUUGUGAUAAUCAUGCGGUUGAUCAUCUUAAUUCUCUUUUUCCAUUAUCGAGUAACACAUCCUGUUGAUAGUGCCUAUGGUCUAUGGAUGACAUCUGUUAUAUGCGAGAUAUGGUUUGCUGUUUCCUGGGUUUUGGAUCAGUUUCCUAAAUGGUCUCCAAUUAACCGGGAGACCUAUAUCGAUAGGCUAUCUGCAAGGUAUGAAAGAGAGGGUGAACCAUCUGAGCUUGCUGCUGUUGAUUUUUUCGUGAGUACUGUCGAUCCACUGAAAGAACCACCGCUGAUCACAGCCAACACUGUCCUUUCCAUCCUGGCUGUUGACUAUCCUGUUGAUAAGGUUUCCUGUUAUGUGUCUGAUGAUGGUGCAGCCAUGCUCACCUUUGAAUCUCUUGCUGAAACAGCUGACUUUGCAAGGAAAUGGGUUCCCUUCUGCAAGAAAUUUUCAAUAGAACCUCGAGCUCCCGAGUUUUACUUCUCUCAGAAGAUUGAUUACUUGAAAGAUAAAGUGCAGCCUUCUUUUGUAAAGGAACGCCGCGCUAUGAAAAGAGAUUACGAAGAGUACAAAGUGAGGAUUAAUGCCUUAGUAGCAAAAGCUCAAAAAACACCAGAGGACGGCUGGACCAUGCAAGAUGGAACGCCUUGGCCUGGGAAUAACUCACGUGAUCACCCCGGCAUGAUUCAGGUGUUUCUUGGCAAUACUGGUGCCCAAGACAUUGAGGGAAAUGAACUCCCUAGGCUAGUUUAUGUCUCCAGAGAAAAGAGACCCGGCUAUCAACACCACAAGAAAGCUGGUGCUGAAAAUGCUUUGGUUCGAGUCUCGGCAGUUCUGACUAAUGCUCCAUAUAUUCUCAACCUUGAUUGUGAUCACUAUGUUAACAAUAGUAAGGCUGUUCGCGAGGCCAUGUGUUUCAUGAUGGACCCUGAGGUUGGCCCAGGUGUGUGCUUUGUGCAGUUCCCUCAGAGGUUUGAUGGUAUUGAUCGCAGUGAUCGAUAUGCCAAUCGAAACACAGUCUUUUUUGACGUUAACAUGAAAGGUCUAGAUGGUAUUCAAGGACCAGUGUAUGUGGGAACCGGUUGUUGUUUCAAUAGGCAAGCACUUUAUGGCUACAGUCCUUCUUCCAUUCCAACCCUACCAAAACCUUCCUCAUCAUGCUCGUGGUGUGGAUGCUGCUCUUGUUGCUGCCCAACAAAGAAGCCCUCAAAGAGUUUUUCAGAGGCUUAUCGAGAUGCAAAACGCGAUGAGCUUGAUGCAGCCAUUUUUAACCUCAAGGAAAUUGAUAACUAUGAUGAGCAAGAGAGGUCAAUGCUGAUAUCCCAGAUGAGCUUUGAGAAAACCUUUGGCUUAUCAUCUGUAUUCAUCGAAUCUACACUGAUGGAGAAUGGAGGAGUCCCCGAUUCUGUCAACCCUUCGACAUUAAUCAAGGAGGCAAUUCAUGUCAUUAGCUGUGGCUAUGAAGAGAAAACAGAAUGGGGAAGAGAAAUUGGUUGGAUAUACGGGUCGAUUACAGAGGAUAUCCUAACAGGUUUCAAGAUGCAGUGCCGUGGAUGGAGAUCAAUCUACUGCAUGCCCACAAGGCCAGCAUUCAAAGGGUCUGCGCCAAUCAACUUGUCUGAUCGGCUGCACCAAGUUCUCCGCUGGGCCCUUGGAUCAGUGGAGAUUUUCUUUAGCAGACAUUGUCCCCUUUGGUAUGGUUUUGCAGGGGGUCGUCUCAGGUUGCUCCAACGUUUCGCUUACAUUAACACCAUUGUCUACCCCUUCACAUCCUUCCCUCUCGUUGCUUAUUGCUUAAUCCCAGCCAUUUGCCUUCUCACUGGAAAAUUCAUCAUACCAACGCUCUCAAACCUGGCAAGUCUUCUCUUCCUCUGCCUCUUCUUCUCCAUCAUCUGCACCAGCGUACUCGAACUCCGAUGGAGCGGCGUAACCAUCGAAGAGCUGUGGAGAAACGAGCAAUUUUGGGUCAUCGGAGGUGUCUCAGCUCAUCUCUUCGCCGUCUUCCAAGGCUUCCUUAAAAUGCUGGCCGGUCUGGACACCAACUUCACAGUCACAACCAAAUCCGCCGACGACUCGGAGUUCGGAGAGCUCUACAUCAUCAAGUGGACGACCCUUUUGAUCCCUCCGACGACACUCCUCAUUGUCAACUUAGUUGGUGUCGUUGCGGGAUUUUCUGACGCCUUGAACAAAGGAUACGAGGCUUGGGGACCACUUUUCGGCAAGGUUUUCUUCGCCUUUUGGGUGAUUCUUCAUCUCUAUCCAUUCCUCAAGGGCCUCAUGGGACGCCAGAACAGGACACCAACCAUUGUUGUGCUGUGGUCUGUGCUUUUGGCCUCUGUUUUCUCUCUUGUUUGGGUCAAGAUUAACCCUUUUGUCAGCAAAGUCGAUGGUACCACUGUUGCCCAGAGUUGCAUUUCUAUAGAUUGUUGAUUGGAAAUGGCAAUGGCAAUGAGAAUCAUCAACAUUUCCUUUUUGGGUCAAUUAGCAUAGAAGAAUUUGAGAUGAUUCAAUCUCUUUUGUAUUGGUUUUGGAACUAUGAUUAAUUUGUAAAAGCUGUAAGAGAUGAUCCAUGUGAGAAAUAUCAAUGUAAAAAUGAUGGUUUCGGUUCUUUUUA